CCCCCGCGAUCAUACAGUGCAGCAGUCUGCAAAGAAAGUGAGCGCAGCCGGAGCCCGCCCCGCCCCGCGCCGCGAGCUUUUGGACCGACACCAGACGAACCCAUCGACCUCCGCGGGCGUCCGCUCCCCGUAGGAGGAGGAGGCGCCGCGGGGAGCGCGCGGGGACGCGGCUGUGUUUGGACGCUUUGGAUGUAUGAGGACGCACGCGGGCUUCCCGCUCUCAGCAGACAGAGGCAGCAGGGAGUGAUCCACCCCGCCUCCCUGCAGCCCCCCAUGCCCGGCCUCAGCUCCUCCGCGCCUCGUUAUGACAGCUGGGACAUGGACCACCUGGACCACUACCAGCACUAUUUCUACGACGACCCCGACGAGGAUUUCUUCAAGUCCACGGCGCCCAGCGAGGAUAUAUGGAAGAAAUUUGAGCUGGUGCCGACCCCGCCCAUGUCCCCCAUCCGGGCGUUGGAGGGGUCAGGCAAGGUCGGGCUCCUCCACCCGUCUCUGGGGGACAAGCUGGAGUGGGUGUCCCAGUUCUUGGGGCAGGAGGACGAGCAGCAGGCGGACCUGCCCUGCAAGCUGGCGGCCACCAGCGAGUCGGCGGGGAACCUGAGCUCCAUCAUCAUCCAGGACUGCAUGUGGAGCGGUUUCUCAGCUGGGCAGCAGCUGGAGCGCGUGGUCGGGGAGCGCUGCGCUCCCUGUCCUGGGACGGCUGCCAAAACCGCAGCUGUUUCCAGCGGGAAGGCGCAGGGUGCCCUCCCAGACGCCUCGGCGGCAGACUGUGUGGACCCGGCCGCCGUGCUCACGUUCCCCUUGAGUGGAGGAUGCAGGAAGCCGGUGUCUUCUGGUUCAGAAUCUCAUUCGGACUCAUCAGAUGAUGACGAGGACAAAGAUGAGGAUGAAGAGGAGAUCGACGUGGUGACGGUGGAGCACAAGCAGCAGCAUAAACCGCGGCGACUAGUAAACACUCGCAAACCAGUGACCAUCACGGUGCGAGCUGACCCCCACGACCCCGGCAUGAAGCGGUUCCACAUCUCCAUCCACCAGCAGCAGCACAACUACGCCGCCCCCUCCCCGGACACACUGACGGCUGCUUCUGAGCCGCCCAGGAAGAGAAUCCGGCAGGAUCCGCCGGUCUCGGUGACGCAGCCUCACCAAAACUCUCCGUACCACCAGCCGCGACAUGGCCACGCCCCUUUGAACUUGGAGAGCAGAAGGUCUCAAUUUUUAGGGGUGAGGUCAGAGUCUCCUAACCUCAGCGCCUCCUCUCCUACCUCCUCCACAUGGCCUUCUUCUCCACCUUGCUCCUCUUCCUCAUCACAUCAUCCUCACAGCUCUCCGUCAAAGACCCCCACUCACCUCUCCAGCCCCCAGUCCUCCGACUGCGAGGACACGGACAAGCGCAAGGCGCACAACUUCUUGGAGCGCAAGCGGCGGAACGACCUGCGCUCGCGCUUCCUUUCACUGCGGGACGAGAUCCCGGGUCUGGCGGACUGCCCCAAGACCCCAAAGGUGGCCAUCCUGACCCGGGCCACAGAGUACCUGCGGCAGCUGCACGCCAGCGAGCGGCUAAAGGCGCAGGAGCGCAAGCAGCUGAAAACGCGGCAGAUGCAGCUGUUGCAGAGGCUGGCGCAGCUCAAACGGUCCUGAGCAGCGGGACCAGGUCCAGACCCGAGAAAACACUAACCUUCCCUUUGGGGCAAUGGGUGUGGAAUUCUAUUGUUUUUGAGUCUACUUUGUGGUUUGCACAUUAGCCUUGAGUGAUGGACAAGCUGUCAGGACGGCAUACUAGGCACUCCUGUCAAUGUGUCCUUGGUCCCAUAUUAAAGGUUUGUUGAGCGGU